GCAGUGUGGGAAAUGAUGGCAAGGGGAGAAAUGGUCAGGAAGGUGGCGUUGAUGGUGGUGGUGGUCUUCUACUGCCUGGUGGUGCAGCCACCACGAGCGGUGGAAGGCCAGCUAAGCUGUCCACUGGUGGUAACCAGCCUCCUACCUUGUGCCACCUACCUGACAAGUGGAGGUCCGGUAUCCCGCCACUGUUGUAGCGGUGUUAGGUCGCUACAAAGUGCCGCCACAACCACCGAUGACCGCCAGACGGCUUGCCAAUGCAUGGAAAAAGCCGCUGCAAUGCUCCCGGGAAUCAACAUUUAUAAUGCUCGAAGCCUUCCUGCCAAAUGUGAUGUGGAUGUAGCCUAUGAUAUCAACCCAGACACCGAUUGUUCAAAGGUGCAUUGAGGAAAUGGAUGCGGCUGAAGAAGGACGUAGAACAAUAGUAGCAUAAGAAGAUACAUAUGGAGGAAUCGUUGUAGUCUUGUAGAUCGAUAUAUGAGACUAGUUAGUAGCAUAAUUGAGAGGAAUCAUUGUAGACGGAUAUAUUGGUGUCUUUAAAAAUUAAAAAGGUUGAAAACUAAUGUGUGAGAUAAAUUUUUGCAAUGACUAAAAGUUUGUGUAAUCAAACCUUAGUGAUUGUUUUAACAUUGCUUUGUCUUUAGUUGAAGUUACAAAAGAAUGUAUGAGAUAAAUUUGAGUAAACUUCACUCCUUCUGGAUCACGAGAGGCCACAUUGAACAAAUUCCGUAAAUAAGAUUUUGAAUUACUUUUCCUGGUUCAGGAAUAGUUCUGAUUUGGAGGCAGAGUAGGACUCUACCUUUUUGGCGUGUUGGCCAGGGACCCAGAUUCAGCAGAAGAGCAGCACAACAACAUGAUUCCAUUAAUGUUGGAAGUCAUGCCUCCAAGAGCGAUUGUCUCCAGAAUGGUUGAAACAGAUAAGCUGCAAAUUGGGUAAACAAGAAAGAAGUAACACGAAGUCCACUGUAAAUCAAAAACAUAUGAGUAUAUGAAAAAAAAAUAUUUUUGGUACUUUAGCACAACAAAAUUUGGAGAAUUUACACAUUUAACCACCCAUAUAUUUUUUUUCGUGUGGAGUUAGUCCUUAAAGUUGGUAUUUACCUGUUAAAUAAGUGUUUGACUCUCAAACUAAGAACAUCUCCA